AUGAAGACCUUAGGAUAUGAAGAAUGCAGUAAUUAUGAAUUUAGGAGCCAAAUUAUGAACGUAUUGGAAUUAAGAACAUGGAAAAGGAGAAGAGAUAGCAACUUAGAAGACAAUCACCACUACUCCCAUUUCAAAAGGACUAAGAGAAACUUUGUCUUUCAGGAUUUUCAGAAUACAGAG